AUGACCACAGUCACAUCUCUCCCGCUUUCUCGACACUUGAACGUCAUUUUCCCGAGACUGCAAGGGGUUACAUGUCUACUUUUUGAUCUGUUCGCUUUCAUCAUUUCCAAAAGGCAUGAAAACUUGGAAAAAAACGUGUUUGUACAUGUUUUGCACAGAGCGAUCAUACUAUAGACAAAAUUAACACCAUAAACAAAAAUUUCAUUUUCUGACUCGAUUCUAUUUUGAGAAGAGUUGAAUUACCCAUAAAAACGCUCUUCGAAACGGGCUUCUUGAUAAGAGUUGGCGUCCAGGGAGCAAAACCCAAAGCGUCAACAUUCAAACAAGAACCUUUUUCCCUCUCUUUUUUUUUUGCAGUGGUGACUGACCGACUUUAUGGCUCUCGGCGGUUUUGCAGAAAACGCCUAUCAAAACAUUUUUCAUGGAAAAGUGAUGCUCAGCUGAAUGAACGUUCAGUUCUUGUUUUCGGUUCGGUUCAAAAUAGGUUUUAUUCUUUUGAGUCUCACAGCUCACUCCAAAAAACAUUCGAAAGAUUCUAAGAAAAAAACGAAAAGCCAUGAACUUUUCACGAAAUAUAUAUAUGAAGGACUUGCUUCUAAGAAGUAUCUCCGACUUCGAAAUCAUUUGGAGUAGACCUUCUUUUCAGAAGACGGUCUAGACUUUCUUCAGGCCUUUUCAGUGACCUCAAAGGCUCGUGCUCAUCAUAACGUGGAUUUCACAACUCGCACUGUCACCAUAGGAAUGAGGAGCUUGAUCCUGUCACGUGCAGGAGCUUUGCUCCGCGUUGACAUUCAAAGAUAACGACUGGCCCAUUGUUCUCAGCCGCUUCGAACUCAAAAGAGCACCAGAGUUCCUUGUUUAUCGCCAUCUUUUGUUGACGAGAUUUCAUUCUUUACUUUGAUUUUUUUUUUUGAGAAUUACCACUCGAAAACCCUCGGAGCAACCCUAACUCUUCGUAUAACAGUUUCUCAAAACCUCACCGUUUUUCUUAUUUCAAAAGAUAGUUCUGCGGAAUUAAAUCAAACUAAUAAUCAAGUUUAUUACCUUCUUUUUUUUCUUUUUUUGAGAAACUGAGCACUUUUUAUCCCUACUCCGGAAGAAGUUGAUAAAAAGUUAUCUAGAUCGAAAUUUCUGAAAACUGUUUCUUUUUCUUUUGUAGAACGUAACAACAAAUUCUUAGUUCGCGAGGUUUUUGAUCGAAAAACCCAAUCUUGGUUAUUUUGAGCUCUUGCUGUCAUAGGUAAUGCUUUUUUUGGAGGAGGCGGAGCUUCGAUAAGAGCCGCUGCUUAUCAAUUCCCUUUAACCCUCACGACUCGCCCAUUUCCCAGACCCGGUUCCCACGUUUCUGCCUCUUCGGCCUGAACGAGACAGUUUCAGAACAUAUACUUCCAUGAUAUUCGGCAAGAAAACGACGCUUUCCAGCCCUCUUUCAGAAGGUUUUCAAAGAUUUCCCAUUCGUUCAAUUUUCACCAACACUGUUUCGUUGAUUUCUGUAGAGAAAAUCUUUCUUGAAAAGUUGUUUAUUUUUCUGGCUCUUUGAAAACCGCCUUUGUUCUUGGCAUUUCUUAUCAAAAAAAAAAUUGUUUGCAUUCUUUUUUGAUUUUUGAGUUUCUGAAAGCAUUAUGAAACAUGUGACAUUGUAAAGUUCGCGACAAACUUUGAUUGAGAGGCUCGCAAAACCAAAAAUAACUUCGUUGUUGAUCAUGCCAAAGAUAUGUAGUUUGCUCUUUGGAGGGUUCUAAGUGCAAGCAAGAUUUUCAGAGGUGCCCAAGAAGAGGAAGUCCCUGCUUCGGAAGCUGUCGGUCCUCUCUGGGCUUUCCUUUGACUCCUCGCCGUCGUAUUCCGCGUCCUCGUCGCCCAGAACUCCUUCUCCUCGUCAUACCCUGGACAACGUCCUUGUCAGGUAGCACAACCCAAAAGGUGAAAGCACGAAAACACUAGUUGUUUUCAGAUGUGAACUGACGCUUUUGUCGGCUCUCCAAGGAGCACACUUGACUUGCGACGAGCGACAAAACUGCGCCGCCGAAAUCGAAGCGAUGACUUUUGUCGAAAAGCGUCACCUCAUCGAUUUCUUCCAUGGCGAGGUCAGCAAACACUCAAUAUUUGACUUGUUUUCCAAGCACAAUAUCGUCUGAUUUGAAGAAAAUAAGAGUUCAAGCUUCUCUUUCCAGAACAACGCCGCAAUCUGCGCCUUGGAGAACAACGCAUGCAAGGCGUUCCUGUGCUCGACGCUGGCCACAGACGUGCUUCUCGACCAUCCUGAGGCGAGUCUUUCUAGGCUAUUCCCGAGUUAUUGGCGAUUUUCAGACGGUCUGUCAACUUUGGUCGAAGCUCUACCACGAGAUCGUUCCCGCCUUACAGAGCAUGUGCUACCCUUUGCAGGUGAGUCAUUUCAAGCAAAUUCACAUCAUUUUAGAUCUUUUCAGGCGUUUGAACCGUCUUUCGAUGUGCAGAAAACGAUUUUGACGGCUUUUCGCGAUAGAGUUCUUUCCAAGGUAAUUUCAUCGCCUCUCGCGUCAUUUUACGGUUUUUUGAUUGUUCUCACCUUUUAUGAUGACAUUCCAAAAGCGAACAAAAAAUCGAGUUGAAAAAAAAGAAAGUAUGGGUGAAUGAGGGAUUCAGGAGAAAGGAAACAAACAUUUUUUUCGUUUCUAUGAAAAAAGAAUAUGUUUUUUUCAUAAAACUUUGGUCAACCUGAUUCAAAAAGGAAAUCGAAAAGAGAUUAUUGCGUUCAAAAUAAUUGAGUCUUCUUCUUACGCCUUUGUACCGCUUGAGCGGUGUCGGCGCCCCAAGUCGAUUAGCCGAGGUCCUAUCUUGAUCAGUGAUAAUCAGUGGACUGGCUCCAGUGACAUAUCCGUCCUUGUGUGUGACGGCUGGGGAUUUUGAAGUCGUGGUCUCCCACUACCAACAUUUCUUAAACCCCUUGGUUGGGUCGGGGCGGGGGUCGAACUUGUCGAACUUGUGACCCUGUGGACCGUAGACAGGCACACAACCUGUUGCGCUACGGCGCGCCCGUUCAAAAUAAUUGAGUGCUCUGUUUAAAUACGCAAAAGUUUGAUUUUUCAGCUCUAAUAAUCUUUGACAGAAAUUCUUGAAGGUUUUGUGAAUAGGCUAUAUUUUCCAGGGAGUCUGACUUUUCUCGAAAUUAUUCCUCACAAGGACCCUCCUUUCUAACCAACCAUUAUUGCAGCUCUUGCGAGACGUGCAGUUUUCGAUUCCAGAAGUGCACGGCCUGCUGUUCACCAUCAUGCUCGAGACGGACAACGUCCCAGCUUCUUUCCGACAACUCGCCGACGUCUGCAUGGGCAACACUCAACAUUUUGCGGUUCGUUUCUUGCAUCUUCUGUAUCCUGUUCAUGAUCGAAGUACAGAGAUACCGUGUGAAGCCGAUCCGCUCCCGGACAUUACCCAAUGAGAGCCGGAAAAAGAGCGUUUCUUGGGUGGACGCCAGAAAAUCGGCCACCUUUUCCACCUAA